UCUAAUUACGAAUACUAUAGUGAAAACUGAAAACCCUAAAUCCCCUUCUCUUCCCCUCUGUUAGGUAUCGGGGAGCCCACAAUUACGAUCUGAGAAGAUCGGUUAAACCCACCCGUCGCUGAAAUCCGUACCAGUGGUUGGCGCCUGAACCCACGGGACUUCGCGGAGGGCGGUCGGUGAACUGUUGUUGAAGCAGCCUCUUCCUCGCUCGGGGGAUACGACAUGGCGUCGUUCGGUUCUCUGAAAUCGGCAAUCUUCAAUAGAGAAGAGAAAAAACAACAAUACCAGGCUCAUGUUCGAGGACUCAAUGCUUAUGAUCGUCACAAGAAAUUCCUAAACGAUUAUGUCAGAUACUACGGAAACGAAGAAGAUACGAACGAGAGGAGGUUACCAGUGAAAACUGAUCAGGACACGCUAAGAGAAGGGUACCGGUUUAUACGUACAGAAGAAGAUGAUUUGGAGACAUCGUGGGAGCAGAGGCUGGUGAAGCGGUACUAUGACAAGCUUUUUAAGGAAUACUGCAUAGCUGAUAUGUCCCACUACAAGACUGGGAAGAUUGGGAUGAGGUGGAGGACUGAGAAGGAAGUCAUGUCUGGGAAAGGGCAGUUCAUAUGUGGUAGCAGACAUUGUGACACAAAGGAUGGCUUGGUGAGUUAUGAGGUGAAUUUUUCUUAUUCUGAAGCUGGAGAAAGCAAACAAGCUCUUGUUAAAUUGGUAACAUGUGAGAGGUGUGCAGAUCAGCUUCACUACAAGAGAAGGAAAGAGAAAGAAAAGAUUGAAAAGGAAGAGAAAGGAGAGGACAAGAAGAGAAAGAGGAGGGAUAGAUCAAAGAGUGAUGAUGGUUCAGAGGAUGAGGGGGGCCAAGAGAGAAGGAGAAAAGAAAAAAAGGCUUCAAUUUCAGCUAGUAGAAUGACUAAAAUCGAUGAUGAUGAUAAUUUUGAUGAAUUUCUUGAAGGAAUGUUCCCAUAAUGAUGGCUGAAUGACUUCUGCCAUAGACAAAGGAGGAACCUAUGUUUCUACAACAUAGAUUUAGAAAGCAAGUUUUCCAGCUUGGUCUGAGAUGGUCAUAUUCAUAUACAGAGCUAUGGCUCCUACUGCAAGUGCCUGUCAGGUCUGAUAAUCGAUUGGGAGAUAGCUUUUCUUAAUCCUUAAAAUCUAAUUUUGUUGAAAUGUGUAACGAGUUGGGUAUGAGUGAUAUAUAUACUCCAACUUGAGGGGAAGUGUUUUUUCUUUUUCUUUCUCUGAUUGGAAAAGAAAUUUAUAUUAAAGUACCCAGGAGGUGCAGCAAGAAUGUUUCAGAGGGGCAAUGCUAAUAGUCUCUAGCAGAUGUUAUAAUAGAGGGGGAGUUUUAGGGGUAGUCUUGUAAUGUGGGAAUUGUUGAAGCCAGAAACACCAGGGUCAUUCUGUUUCUGUUUUAUCCCUGUUUGUACUCUAUAUUCAAUUUUUAUUGGAAUAAUAUAGAAUAGAAAAAAUUUACUUCUUUU